AGACAACAUCUCCAAGUCAACUGCGCCAUACUCUGCACUUCAACCCUGCGACAUGGUAUCCCCAAAGAAGCGCAGCGCCCCCGCCACCUCAUCAGCCCCAAAGAAAGCACGCCAAUCCAAACUCGCCAAAGAAAACGACAUCAGCGCCGAAGAAGAAAGCGAGAUCAAAGAAGUCUUCCAUCUCUUCUCAACCACAGCCGAAGAAUUUUCCAAUGAAAAAGAAGGCGUUAUUCCCCGCGAGGACGUGCGCAAAGCGCUCGUAGCGCUAGGUCUCCCUCCUUCCGACUCAAGCGAGCUCCACUCGAUUCUCUCCGCGGUCGAUCCAACGAAUACCGGCUUCGUCCCGUAUGCGCCAUUUGUGUCAGUCGCGGCGGCGAAAUUGAGGUCGCGGUCUGAUGAGGCGAUGUCCGCAGAGGUGGAUGCGGCGUUUCAGCUUUUCACGAAAGGAACAGAUGGGCCGAUUACAUUGGGGCAUCUGAGGCGCAUUGCGCGCGAGCUGAAAGAGGAUAACCUCGGUGAUGACUUACUCAGGGAUAUGAUUCUUGAGGCGAAUGGUGGCGCCGGACUUAACGCCGGAGUUACGCUGGAACAGUUUCAUGAUGUUAUGACUCGGGCUGGGGUCUUUUGAUCGCGCUUUGUUCCAUUAUCUUCUUUUUGGGUGGGUUAAAGGCGUUCGAGGUGGUGUACAGUUUUAGCGGGUGCCUAGGUUGGGGGUCUCAUGUUUAUGUCUUGUCGCAUCUUGUUACACAUACUGAGCUAGGUUUCAUCUGGUGCUCUUCUGCUUUCAUCAGACUACAUAUCAAGCUGUACCGACUCGACGUUGUCGGAAUACAAGU